UGCAUGCACACACAACUUCUCGGGCUGCAUCAUGGCGCAUUUGAGCUCGUUUCGGAAGCAAGAAGCUUGUACACAGCGCCUCAAGGACGGAGGUUUGAAGUAGUUACACGGGUUGUGAGAAGCGCUUGUGGGCUCUGAGCUGUUUGUUGAACCCAGCUUUCGGCGUCGCAGAAGAAGCGGUUAGGUCUCUUUGCAUUGCAGCUCCAUCAGGGCAAUGAUCGAGCGGGGCGGGUUUAGAGAGACUUUCAAGCAAUGAAUCAGUACCCUGGGGAUGGGUACCCGUCCUAUGGUUAUCAGGGCAGGCGCCUGACUUCCCCCCAACAAGCAGGCCAGCUUGAUGGUGGCAUUCCCAAUGGCGCUGGAGGCAAUGCCUCCUAUCAGCCCGGUUCCGCCUAUGGCCAGGGGCCAGGUUAUGGUAACCCGAGCGGCAUCUCUGGGGACAGCGGGGCGACGCUCCUGCGACUCCUGCGGAGGGGGGAGACCCUCGGCCAAGAAGAUGCAGUCAAGACUGCCGCUGCGCAGCAGAGGUACUCUGACCUCGACUAUCUGACCUCGGCCGAGCAGCGCAAGUCCCCGGGUCCAUGGUUUGGCCAACCGGACCCCGCGGUUGCCGCCAUUGGGCCGAGCCGGCCGUCGUACCAGCCGUUCAUGGGGGGUGCACACCGGCCCUCCGAGAACGCGAAUGGCAGCCAGCAGACCUGGCAGGGCCCCCCGGAUGCACGUCGGCAGAGCUUUGAGGGGGGGGGUCCCUGGUCAGCUGGCAUGCACCCCCUGCGAGGCGAGCAUUGGAAUGGGGGGGAUGGGUUGGUGGCGAGUGGGAGGUCGCAGGCAGUGCUGCAGAGGCUGGACACAUUGCAGCGACUGCCGUCGGAUAUCUUUGAGGAUGGGAGCGGAGACUUGCUCAGAAUGCUGCAGGGCAACCAAGAUGCAGCAUCCGCAACUCACGCACCUCCCAGGCCGGCUCCAAAGUCGAGCGGCCCAUCCUCCGAUGACGCCGUCUACCAGCCCGGGGGUCUGCCCCGGGGGCAGUUCCACCACCCCGCGCCCGAGCCCAUCGGGCCGCGGUCAAACCCCCCGCCCGAGGUCCUGGGAGACAUCUGGGCUGCGACGGAGAAAGAGAGCAAGGAGUGGGGCAAGGGUGGGGGGGUCAGCAUCCCCGGUGCCCAGCAGGAAAAGUCCACCCCCCCGUUUCAGCAGAGCCUGUCCUUUGGGCGCUGGCAAUCGGUGGCCGCUUCCGUGCUGGACAACGACCCGCUUCCGGGGGAGAGGGUGCCGUCGCCACAGGCCGCUGCGAGGCGAGUCCCCAGCCAGCGGACGAGCUUCGAGGAGGAUCUGGCGCGCAGGGGGGGCCUGGGACCGGGGGGUCCGCUGGGGACUGUGGAAGAGCGCCCGAUGGGGGGGCAGCGGAGCUCGUUUGACGAGCAGUAUGCGCGUUAUGCGGAGCAGGUCGCGAUGCAGGCCCAGAGCGAGUACUUUUACGCGCAACAGCGGCGCCUCGCGCAGGCGCAGAUGGAGCUCUUUUAUCAGCAGCAGGGUGGCGCCCCGAACCGCUCCGCGCCUGGUUCCGGCCGUAGCUCUCGCAGCAACAGCAAAUCCCCCCUCCGGCAACCCCGUGGCAAAGGGCCCCGCUGGCCCGAGUACGACACACCGCCAGGCGGGUUCUCCCAGUAUGACCUGCCGCUCAAGCCAGGACAGGGCCUCGGGUACGACGACCCGCUGUAUUGGCAGUCGCAACAUGGUCCUCGGGGGCCCUUCAAGGGAAUGCACGGGCAGGGGCCUCAGGGGCACUUCCACGAGAAGCCGGGGGCGGGUCCAAUGCAGCAGUGGGUUAAGGUCGGCGACCCGGGCGUAAACCCAGGGUUAGGCCUCGGGCAGCAUCUGGCAAAGGCGAACUACGGGGGUGCAAGAAUGGAGGGCCCCGACGGGUUUGGCAGCUUCAGUUUUCCUGUGACGGGGGAUCCGAACGGGGGGCAGCGGUUGCAGCAUUCGGACAAUUCGGGGGGGAGUGGCGAGGGAGGCCACCACCCCAAGGGGGGGCGCAAGACCCCCAAGAACCGCACCCCCAAGGGAACGCCCAAAGGGACGCCGACCGGGUCACCGCUCCGCAGCAGGCGGGGGGACAGCAAGUCGCCGCUGAAGGGGCGGGACGGGAAGGAGGAAGGCAAAGAAGGGGGGCGCGGGCGGCGAGGCGAGAGGGAGCCGCAGAAGCCCAAGAGCCACAUGGAGUGGCGGCAGAAGUCUCCCACCCCCCCAAAAGAAGAUGGCCCGACGCCCCCCGAGGGGGUGACUCCGCAGGGCCCGACGCCCCGUGCGCAGUCGCCGGAGCGGGCCGUGGCUGACGCUGACGUCAGCAAGGGCGAGCCGGAGGAGGGGAAGACAGACACCGAGUUCCUGCAUGCGCUGGUGCGCCAGCUGUCUCUGGCGGAACUGCAACAAGACAUGCGCGAGCGGCCGCCACUUCAGGAGGGCUCAGAAAUUCUGGAGCAGCAUCAAGACAUGCCAAGCGGUGAGGAGCGUGCAGGAACGCCAACCGAAUUCCUGCUGCACAGCCCGAUUGCAAUGGCUGGGGAACAGGCACGCGCACAGGCACGCGCAAAUGCGGAGGCGCGGGCGCAAGCGAAAGAGUCCCAGGCGAGGAGCCUGACCCCCCCGCCAGGAUUCGGGAGCCUUCAGCGCGGGUUCGGCAGUCAGCAGCAAAUCGUAGAGGGGGGUGAGGAGAAGAAAGUGCUGCAGCGGCUGGAGCCACAGCUGAGCUUCAAGCACCUGGUGGAGGGAAGCCUAGAGGGUCUGGGGGGCGAGGCGAAGGAGGCAGGGGAGGAGAAACGGGAAGAGGUGGUGUGGAAGGAGGACAAUGGGCAGGGCCUGCGGAGCGUGCGGGAUGCCCGGCACAGGCCGGACAUGCCACAGAUCAACGAAGAGCUGCUCGGCCUGGUGGCGGGCCUGAUCCCCACAGAGGAGGAGGACAACCAGAAGCUUUCGUUUGUGGGCCGCCUCAAGAGCCUCUUUGAGAAGGAGUGGCCAGGCACCCAGCUGUACCUGUUUGGCUCGUGCGCCAACUCGUUUGGCGUGCGCAACAGCGACGUGGACAUGUGCCUCGGGGUGGGCAUGCCCGACGGCACCACCAAGUCGGACGUCGUCGAGAGAAUGGCGGGCAUCCUCAACAAGAACGGCAUGCUGGAGGUGCAGGCGCUGACGCACGCGCGCGUGCCGAUCGUCAAGUUCCGCGACCACGUGAGCGGCAUCGCGUGCGACGUGUGCGUGAACAACAUGCUCGCGGUCGCCAACACAAGCCUGCUCUUCACGUACGCCCAGAUCGACGGCCGCCUGCGCCAGCUGGCGUUUGCGGUCAAGCACUGGGCCAAGCGCCGGCAGGUCAACGAGACCUACCGCGGCACGCUGUCCAGCUACGCGUACGUCCUCAUGUGCAUCCACUACAUGCAGGGCCGUGCGCCCCCGAUCCUGCCCGUCCUCCAGGAGGCGCGCCCAAUCACGUACCGCUACGAGUUUGGCGGCGUGGAGUGCGCGUACAACGACCAGGUCGAGAUCUUCCGCGGCUUCGGCGCGGCCAACAAGGAGACGCUGGGCGAGCUGCUCGCGGGCUUCUUCGAGUACUGGGCUUUCACGCACAACUACAACCAUGACGUCAUCUGCGUGCGCCUCGGCAGGACCGUCUCGAAGGAGGAGAAGGACUGGACCCGCAGAAUAGGCAACGAGCGCCACCUCAUUUGCAUCGAGGACCCAUUCGAGACCAGCCACGACCUCGGUCGCGUCGUGGACCGCCACUCCAUCCGGGUGUUGCGCGACGAAUUCCACAGAGCCGUCAAGAUCCUGCGCAACGAUCCGGACCCUGUGAAGACACUCUUCGAACCGUAUGUGCGCGCAGAUAAGGAGUACUAGGAUAGCCGAUGGGCAGGUACCAAACGCUAUAGUAGAUUGGAUAUGCAGAUAGACCUGGCUGGUUGUUAGUGGCAUGGUGCGAGCGUAGUGUAGGGCUGACGUAGGCAGUGCAUUGCGAAUCAAGGGGUUUUUGUUGAAAGCAAUCUUGCAGCGGAGUUUCGAUUUCGAUGCUCGAUCCAUCAGCCCGUGUGAUUUGCACGGGAAGUCGUCCAUCUAGAGGGGGGCCCGGUUUGGACAGCGUAACAAGCAAUCAAAGGGUCACAACUAUGACAAUCGAAGCCGUCCCUUUGUUGGCUGUUCACGACAUACAUUCGCUUUGUAACCUUGAAGUCGUAACCGUGAAUAAUCUCAAGGAGUAGAGUUUUCUGUCUCAGUACAAAUCCAGC